GCCAGGGCGCGCUUCCGGGCAGCGUCGCGGCGGUGUGGCGUCAGCAGGCGGGCGGGAGGAUUACUCAGAAGGCUCUCCCACCCAGUGCCAGCCUCAUCUGAGCUGACUGCACCACCAAGCCAGAGACCUCCUGCCCGGGCAGCAGCAGCAGGUCAAGAGGGGCCGUCACAGCUUGGCCCCCUCGAGGGCUGAGACCCGUGAGCAGCAGCCAAGAUGGGGGAGAGGAAAGGCGUGAACAAGUACUACCCCCCGGAUUUCGACCCCGAAAAGCAUGGCUCCCUCAACCGCUACCACAAGAGCCACCCGCUCCGGGAGCGGGCCCGCAAGCUGUCACAAGGCAUUCUCAUCAUUCGGUUUGAGAUGCCGUACAACAUCUGGUGCGACGGCUGUAAGAACCACAUCGGCAUGGGUGUUCGUUACAAUGCAGAGAAGAAGAAGGUGGGCAACUACUACACGACCCCCAUCUACAGGUUCCGGAUGAAAUGUCACCUGUGCGUCAACUACAUCGAGAUACAGACAGAUCCCGCCAACUGCGACUACGUGAUCGUGAGCGGUGCCCAGCGCAAGGAGGAGCGCUGGGACAUGGAGGACAACGAGCAGGUGCUGACCACGGAACACGAGAAGAAGCAGAAGCUGGAGACGGACGCCAUGUUCCGCCUGGAGCACGGGGAGGCCGACCGCUCGGUGCUCAGGAAGGCCAUGCCGACCCUCAGCGACAUCCAGGAGGCCCAGAACGCCUGGAAGGACGACUUCGCACUCAACAGCCUGCUGCGCCGCAAGUUCCGGGAGAAGAAGAAGGCCCUGCAGGAGGAGGAGGAGCGGGACCAGGCGCUGCAGGCCAAGGCCAGCCUGACCAUCCCGCUGCUGCCCGAGACCGAGCAUGACCGCAAGCUGGCUGGGCUGCUCAAGUUCCAAACGCUGGACUCCUAUGAGGACAAGCAGAAGCUGAAGCGCUCGGAGAUCAACAGCCGCUCCUGGUUCGCGCCAGCAGCGGCCACAGGCCCCGGUCCAGGUCCCAGCCCCGGCUGCAGCAGCAAGGCCAACAGCGUGCUCAAGAAGCUAGCCCAGAGCCGCAGGCCCGCGCCCGCCGGCCCCACCAUCACCGCCCAGGACCUGGGCAUCGUGCGGCUGCCCAGGGCGUCACGGGAAGACUCUGGCGACAGCCCCCCACCUGCAGCUGAGACCCCCAAGGCUGCCAAGCCACAGGAGCCAGCCUCGGCACCCCAAGAUUGUUCUCAGCAGCACGUGGAGACUAAGGAGCCCAAGGCCCCAACACCCAGGAGCCAGGAGGGGAGCUGCCGGGAGCCAGCCCCCGCCCCGACCCCGGCCCUGGCCCCUUGUCCAGCACUGCCACCGCCUGGAGCCCCCCGCGAGACGGCCCACCCCACCCCACCCCCCCAAAGCCUGGGUUCCUCCCUGGUAGCUGACUACUCAGACUCCUCAGAGAGCGAGUGAGGGCGGGGCGCCAAGGGACUAGGACUGCAGACCCCCGCCCCGCCUUCCUGCCUGCCACACCCCGGGGGCGUGUGCCUUGGGACACCAGUCCCCCCUGCACACACACACACAAGCACUGUCACUUUGCCCUUCCUCCAUGGCCCAGAGCCUGCCCUGCUGCACCCCACCAAGCUCCCCCUCCCCAGUGGUCGGAGUGCCGUGGGUUUCUGGGGUUUGGCCUGGGAUCCGGGGUGAGCUGCACAGGCUGAGCAGGGAGGGGUGGGGAUGAAG